ACAAUUAAUCCAGAGACUUGCGAAUACGCUUACACUUGUGCGGGUAGCGGUGAGCUCGUGGUGUUUAGCUAUGAAAGCGAUCCAAUAUCCUUCCCAGGUCAGUCUAUUGUCGGGAAAUGCCGCAACCCACCAGUUUCUAAUAGUGAUGUCAUGAAGCCGUUCGUUACUGAAAAAUACUGGUGGUACGAUAAUUACAUGUUUUAUCGUCCAAGAAUAACAUGUUUUGAAAAAUAG